GCCUCCCGCGGGCUACGCUUCUCUCUUGGGGUUCUCUGGGCACCUGGGGCGCUCCACGCGGCGACCUUGGCGGCCUCGGCCCGUUUCCGACCUAGGCUGGGUUUUGCAUUUCGCCCAACAAAAAAUCGACAUUUGUGCUACGACGCACGCAGCGCGAAGUAAGUAUGAACUGUAGCCCUAUGGCGGACAGGGCCACACCGGAAAAUGCGGCCACUACAUCUCUGACAUCUGCGAACUUCCUGGCGCCGGGCAUCAUAAUCGUGGCUUAUUGGCCUGCAGACGCCACCGCGGAUUUGCAAACUAGUACGCAGCGCGCGCCAACAUAACUUCGCAUAACGAAAUUCGCAGUGAGACUUUGUCCGUCCCAGUCUCGACUCCCAGCCCGACAAUUUUUUGGCGCGUUAACGCGUAACAGCCUUUGCUGUAUCUGGUACUACCUGCGCUUGAGGUGUUGAGCAAUAUGCACACGGUGUUGGCACAGCAGCAGACUGCGAGAGCAGCCUGGCUUACGCACGCGCUGGAGCCCUCCUCACGCGCUUAAGGGUGGCCAUCCCCGCUGCUUUCAUAACCAGCAACAAUAUGGGGCUUAACGAGCUGGAGCCCGAAAUCAUCGGCGUGAACGCAACGGUGCCCGUGCCAACAUUCCUGGCUGCCCUUGACAAUGGAGGUCCAGACGCAAAGCAACAGGCGGGGAAGGCCUGCGUCAAGCUCAUUGUUUCUUCGGAGGCAGCCGAUCGCGUACUCCGGCUGAGUAGCGUAGAAGUUGACAUGGCGACCGGGCGGGUGGCGGGGCUAAGUGCCCUGCUCAACCCCUUCCACGGGUACGAAGUAGCCAGUUGGGAGUCCCAGCCCGAGGCCACAGCCGUGGUGCUUCGGUUGCGUGAGCCGCCCACGCCAGCAGCCCCGCACGAGCGCAGCGUUGGGGAGGGUGCAAGGGGCACGCAGUCACUCCAACAGUCGCAGCCGCGGUCCGCUAGUGUGCUUAGUCAUCAGCUGCAGCAGGAGCAGCCGGCGGCGGCCUACGCCUACGCCGCCGCCGCCUUCUCCGAGGGUGACGACCCGGCGGCACGGGCUCGAGGGCUAGCAGCACCCGCCAGUGGUGGUGGUAGUGGCGGCGGCGGCCGUAGCGCACUGCUGGCAAACGUAGACCGCUACACAUCAGCAGCAGCAGCAGAGCCGCCGCCUUCCUCACGCCUCCCCAUGCCCCAGCAUUCUGCUGGCGGCGGGGGGCCGAAUGUGAUGGACACGCGGCGAAGCGCCCACAGCGCCAGCCCAGACAUCUGCACUGUUCCUCACCAACGCCAGCAGCAGCAGGCACACCCAGCGCCGCCGGCGGGUGGUGACUACCAACAGCAGCCAUCGGCGUCAAGAGUGAUGGUGGGAGGUGGCGGUGCGCCGCCGCCGGCCGCCGGCACUGCAGCUGCUUCUGGGCCGACCGGCAGUGCUGCUAGCAGUGGCGGCGGCGGCGGCAUGCAAAUGCCAGCAGCUGAGGCGGCACGUCAUGCGCAGACGGCGCAGCAGCAGGCGCCAGAAGGCCGAGAGCGGCAACAGCACGUGUCGCCGCCGCAGCGGCAGCAACUGGCGCCGCCGCUGGGCAGGCGGCAGCAGCAGCCUGCGCAUGUUUACGGCAGUGCUGCGGGCGGCGGCAGCGGCAGCCGCGACCACUUACAGCAGCAGCAUCACUACCAAGCGCAGCAGCAACAGCAGCCUUCAGAAGAGCCGAGUGACUACGCCGCCGUGCAACCCAGCAGCACACUGCAGCAGCGCCCGCCGCCGCCAUCGCACCUGAGCAGUGCCCCGCCACUGCUGCUGGCAUCACUCGCGCGCCACCACCAGCAGACACCGCCGCCGCCAUCAUCCUUAGGACAGCGCAAGCCAACGGCACAGCAUCUAGACGCGGCGGGCGGCUACCAAAGACGCCCUGCUGCUGCACCACUACCGCCGCCGCCGUCGCAUCAGCCGCCGCCGCUGCAGCAAGCGAGCGUGCGCUCCGGCAGCGCACCCCUGCUGACGGUGUCGGCAGCGUCGGCAGCGGCAGUGUCUGGAGGCGGGGGAGGGCCGGGACGGUGGCCGACAACGGAGCCGGUGGCGGCGGCAGGUGGCUCGGUGAAUUCCGGCGGCGCCGCGCUGCCUGUGCCUGCGGGCUCCGCCGCGGCGGCGCUGCUCAUCCCCGCCCACCACAUUACAGAGGCGUUCAAGGGCCGCCGGCCCGUGGACCCCCGCGGCGUGCCCGUGCUACUCUCCGUCGAAGACGGCGGUGGCGGCGGUGGAAGCGACAGGCCAGUAAGUCCAGCCACCACCGGCUCGCCCCACGGGUCCCAUGGAUCCGGCGGCGGCGGCAGCCGCGGUGGCGGCCAGCGGACGUACCCUGGCACGCUGGUCGUGCGGGAGGAUGGCUGCGGCAUCGUGCACAACGCGCCCAUCGAGGACGCAGUGGCCAGGUACCAGGACCACACCACCAUAGGCUGGCGGCUGAUGUGGCUGCCGCCGCCGCCGCCGCCGCCGCCAUCGAGUGGUCACCGUCCUAUGGAGGUGGCGGCUGGCGCAGAGCUCUUGGUGAUAUGGCGCGUCCGUAAUCAUGGUGGGCAGCAGCAGAGCCCGCCGCCGCCGCCCACGCAGGCGGCGGCGCCGGCAUCGCAGCACCAGCAGCUGCAGGGUCGCCACCCGCCGCCAUUGCAGCAGGUCCAGCCGGCGGCGGAGCUGCCGCGGCAGCAGCCGCCGCAGCAGCACCAGCACUACCAUCAGCACCCGCAUCCGCACCCGCAGCAGGUGACUGCUGCCGCUUUCGCCUCAUCAGCCGGCGGGCACCAGCAUGGCAGCAGCACUGCCAGAGGGCCGGCGCCGGGGCAGCAGCACCAGCAGCACCAGAGAGACCUCGUCAGCAGCAGGGCGCCACCGGCGCCCGCCAGCACUCCUGCCGCCGCUGCUGCCGGCCCUCCUACGGGCGCUGAUGCUCUCAGACCGGAGCUGCUUCUGCGGCAGCAGUCAUCAAUGACCACGAAUGGUGCCGGUGUUGCUGGUGCGCCCACCGAGAAACAUGGGGCGCCAACGCCGCAGGAGGGCGACCUGAUGGGUUCGCUGGGGAACAUGCUGUCGGCCGCCGCCGCCGCGAACCCAGCCGCCGUCGUGAAGCUGCUGCAGCAGCUGCAGCGCGAGCUACUGCAGGGCGGCGGCGGCGGAGGAGGAGGAGACACGGAAGGCAGAGGAGGAGAUGCCUACGCUGGCGAGGAGCGUGUUUUGGCCGCCGCAGUUGCAGCCACAACCGCCGGCUCCAGGCCCACCGCCGAAGACUCCAAGUCACCGGCACGGCAGCAGCAGCUGCUACAGCCGCCGCCACCGCCAUCAUCGUCGGUGGAGGCGCUACAGCCGUCGCUGCGUGCUGCGCUGGCUGCUGCCGCUGCUGCUGAGCAGCCGGCGGCUGACUGCACACCAGCAGGGUCAUUGCCACCUGCUGGUGCUGCGACGGCGGUGGCGGAGGCGGGUGGCGGCCUGGAUGUGAUAAGGGUGGAGAAGCCUGACGAAGACAUGUCACGCCCGGUGGACUGUGGCAUUGGGAAUGAUGGCAGCGGCGGCGUACGUGCUGCGGCUGAAAAGGACGCGAGCAGUGCUCCGGCUGUCCACGCCGUCGUUGCUGCUGUUCCCAAGGCGGCGGCGGCUGGCGGUGGCGGCAGCGCUAUGGACCUCUUGGGCAGCGGCGCCGAAGCAGGUGCUGGUAGUGGUGGCGAUGGCGGCCGCGGCGACGGUGGCGAUAGUGUUGGCGAGGCGUCUUGUGGCAGUGAAGCGCCGCUGCCUGCAAUGCCGCCAGCGGCUGCGCUGGCUGCGACAGCGGCGGCGGCGGCGGCUGAGGACGGUGCUGUGAUGAGUGGCGCCGGCGGCGGCCUGCUGGGCAGCAGCGGCGCUGUGAGCCCCCAGGUCAAGUUCGAGGUGAACGGGGCCCGCCUUCCGAAGGUGUGCGUGACUUUGAUCGCCCCCGCGCCCAAGGCCGCCCCCACCGACAAGUCCGCCCCAGACCACGCGUCAAUGUCAGCGUCAGCUGCGCCCUCUGCGCAGUCCUCCUCCCUGUGCGGCGGCGCUCUCCCCCUCCCCUGGAGCCUGCUGCCGGAGGGCUGCCGCAUCCAGUGGCGGCGCAGGACCGACAAUGUCCUGCUGGUGGCGGCGGCGGUUUCGGAAUCACCUCUGGACAUGGAUGACACGACGACGACGCUGCUGCCGCCUGGCCCGGAGCACGAGCCCUGUACGGCGGGCGGCAUUGCUUGCACCACCGGCGGCUGCAAGAAACGGGCAUCGCCCGCCGCUGCUGUGCCGAUGCCAGCCGGUGCGGCUGAUGUGGCGGAGGAGGCGGAGGAGGCGGAGGAGGCGGAGGAGGCGGAUGAGGCGGAGGAGGGCGGCCCUGCUGCCAACAAGCGCCGCCGCAUGUGCUCACUGGCGGCGGCGGCGGCGGACGCCAUGCCUGCGGGUGAGGGUGGCGAGGGCGGUGAGGGCACAGAGGGCAGCAAGGCCGGCGACAUGGAGAAGGCCUGCCCGCCUAGCGCUCCGCAAUCGUCAGCGGCUGUUGCGGGGGCUGCGGCGGCGGCGGCGGCUUCUGCUGCCGAGGGCGUCGCGACGCCCGCGGACGCGCUGCAAGAGGCAGCUCCCGCUUCUGGUUCCGCCGCUUCUGUGGCACGUUCCGCCACUAUUACCGCCGCGGCGCCACAGCCGCCGCAGCAGACCUGGCCGGUCGCCGUGAAGAUUGAGCCUCAAGCGGAAGAGCCGCAGGUCCAGCCGGCGGCGGAGCUGCCGCGGCAGCAGCCGCCGCAGCAGCACCAGCACUACCAUCAGCACCCGCAUCCGCACCCGCAGCAGGUGACUGCUGCCGCUUUCGCCUCAUCAGCCGGCGGGCACCAGCAUGGCAGCAGCACUGCCAGAGGGCCGGCGCCGGGGCAGCAGCACCAGCAGCACCAGAGAGACCUCGUCAGCAGCAGGGCGCCACCGGCGCCCGCCAGCACUCCUGCCGCCGCUGCUGCCGGCCCUCCUACGGGCGCUGAUGCUCUCAGACCGGAGCUGCUUCUGCGGCAGCAGUCAUCAAUGACCACGAAUGGUGCCGGUGUUGCUGGUGCGCCCACCGAGAAACAUGGGGCGCCAACGCCGCAGGAGGGCGACCUGAUGGGUUCGCUGGGGAACAUGCUGUCGGCCGCCGCCGCCGCGAACCCAGCCGCCGUCGUGAAGCUGCUGCAGCAGCUGCAGCGCGAGCUACUGCAGGGCGGCGGCGGCGGAGGAGGAGGAGACACGGAAGGCAGAGGAGGAGAUGCCUACGCUGGCGAGGAGCGUGUUUUGGCCGCCGCAGUUGCAGCCACAACCGCCGGCUCCAGGCCCACCGCCGAAGACUCCAAGUCACCGGCACGGCAGCAGCAGCUGCUACAGCCGCCGCCACCGCCAUCAUCGUCGGUGGAGGCGCUACAGCCGUCGCUGCGUGCUGCGCUGGCUGCUGCGUCCUCCGGUGCGGCUGAUGUGGCGGAGGAGGCGGAGGAGGCGGAGGAGGCGGAGGAGGCGGAUGAGGCGGAGGAGGGCGGCCCUGCUGCCAACAAGCGCCGCCGCAUGUGCUCACUGGCGGCGGCGGCGGCGGACGCCAUGCCUGCGGGUGAGGGUGGCGAGGGCGGUGAGGGCACAGAGGGCAGCAAGGCCGGCGACAUGGAGAAGGCCUGCCCGCCUAGCGCUCCGCAAUCGUCAGCGGCUGUUGCGGGGGCUGCGGCGGCGGCGGCGGCUUCUGCUGCCGAGGGCGUCGCGACGCCCGCGGACGCGCUGCAAGAGGCAGCUCCCGCUUCUGGUUCCGCCGCUUCUGUGGCACGUUCCGCCACUAUUACCGCCGCGGCGCCACAGCCGCCGCAGCAGACCUGGCCGGUCGCCGUGAAGAUUGAGCCUCAAGCGGAAGAGCCGGUGGCUGUGACCUUGAAGCAGGAGCGCGUCGCGGCAGAGACUCCUGGCUCUGCCACCGACGGGCAGCCGCAGCCGCAGCAGCAGCAGCAGCCACAGCACGCGCUGCAAGAGCCGCCGUCCUCACCCCCACCUGCGAGUGCUACAGCCGUUGGUGAGGAAGGCGAUGCCGCUACUACUGCUACUGCUACUGCGGCUUCGACGAGCCCGGCUGCUGCUGCCACUGGCUUGACUGCUGAUGGCGCCGCGGCGGCGGUCACUGUUAAUCAGGCCGAUAUGCCUGCGCCAUUGACGGGUGUUCGGCCUGUGGGCUUCCUUGUCCUGCCGGCUGCGGCUGCCGCUGCCACCCCUGCUGCCGCCGCCGCUGCAGUAGCGGCUCUGACAUCUACCGAGCUUGUUCGGCAGCUUACAGCCGGGCUGCACCGCUCAGACAGUGCAGCAGCAGCAGAGUUUGCGGCGGGUGGUGCGGCACCACUUGAAUCAGCUGCUGCUGGCCGCGGGGCCGCCGCCGCCGCCGCCGCCGCUGAGGCUGGUCGAGCAGGGAGCUAUAGCGGUAGCGAGGGCAGCAGUGAUGAUGGCAGCGGCGGUGGCAGCAGCGGUGGCGGUGGAACCCCUCCGCAUGCGCCACCGGGCCUGUCAGACUGGCUCGCUGCUGCCAGUGCUGCUGCGGCCGCCGCCGCCGUCGCUGCCGGGCGAGGCUCGGCGGGCGGUGCUGCAGGCACGAGCACAGUGCUUGCUGGCCCUGCUGCUGCUCCUGGUCUGACGGGCGGCUUGGGCCUGCCGCUGAUGCACUUGACAGGCGGGGCCGGCGCCAUCGGCGGUAGCGGCGGCGCUGUCGGUGCCGCCGGUCUGAGCCCUGCUGGUACUGCCUCUGGCGACGGCUCCGGCGGCGCCGCCGGUGGCGGCGGUGGCGGCGGUUCUGGCGGCGGCGUUCGGCUGCCUAACGGCGGCUCUACCUUCAGCGCCCGCGUGGUCGCGACUAACCUGUACAUUGGGCGCCGCCAGCUGACGGCUCUGUAUGGCCCCGACUUCGUGGCUGACACGCGCUCCGAGAUGGCGCUCAUCCUCAACGGCAAUCUGCAGCCCGACGUGUACAGUGUGCAGUGGAAGGAGGGCCGGCACAAGGGCUCGUUCUACCCCAAGGGCGCGCCGCUGGGGCAGCUGCGCGGCAGGUUCCUGCAGGAUAUCCGCUGGCUGGACGAAGCCAACAACCGACUUGUGGCGGUGGCGUGGGACGAGCCGCCGCCGGGCUGGCCCGUGCGCAGCCGCGGCUCAGGCAAGGCAGUCAGCGGCGGCUCCGCUGGGAGCAGCGGCGGCGGCGGCGUCAGAGGCGGUGGCGUGGCGAAGCCGCAGCGCCGCUGGCUGUGGCAGCGGCAGCAGCAGGCGGCGGAGGCCGCGGCAGCCGCAGCACUGGGCCUGUCCAGCAACGGCAGUAGCGGCAGCGGUGCCGUUGCCGGUGCCGGUGCCGGGGAAAGUGGAUUCAUGUCGUCUUCCGGCGGCGCAGCGGGCGCCGCGACGGCUCUGCAGACCCUUGCCAUGGCGGUGCCGACGGCCGCAGGCAGUGCAGGCGGCGAUGGCCUGUUCCUAGGUGGUGACGGCCUCGGGGGUAUGGCUGCUGCUGCCACCAGAAGCGUGCGGAACACACACCAGCCGCACCAGCACCAGGAAAGGCCGCCCCAGCAGGGCCGGCAGCAGGGCCGACAGCAGACACCACCUGCUGCCAUGACGGACGGCUCAGCCGGCGCAGUGAGUUUGCUGGAAGCUGCCCGCUUGCUGCAGCGCCAGCUGCAGCAGCCGCCUGCCUCAGCCGCCGAAACGGCGGCUGCACAUGCGGCCGACGGCGGUGGUAGCAGCAGCGGCGGCCUGCUGCGCGUGCUGCCGCUGGACACCCCGGCUGCUAGUGGGCGCGGCGAUGACGACAGCAGGGCCGGCGGUGGCAGCGUCCUGGGCUGCAGUCCCGCAGUGGAGGACGCGACGGGCAUACUGCUGUCGCGCAUACUCGUCAAGGCGUUGUCUGGCGAGGCGGCUGCUGCUGGCUGCGGCACGGUCGGCGGCUCUGCCAAGUACUUGGACAUCGCGCCUGAUGCUGCAGGCUCCUCGCCCCGGUAUGCGCCGCCGCCGGCUGCGGCUGGCCCUGCAUUUGCACCGCCGCCGUUGCGGGCCCUGGCCACGGCAGCCUCGCGAUCGGCGGCGCAGGCGGUAUCUGGCAGCAGCGGCGUUACAGCAGACGACCCCGCCGGCAGCAACGGUGCGAAGCUGCGCGCUGCUGCCGAUUUGUUGCAGGUGCUGCACAUUCACCUGCAACAGCAGGCGGCGGACACGCAGCGACAGCAGCAGCAGCAGCAGCAGCAGCAGCAGCAGCAGCUGCAGCGCAUGUCGGGCACGACCUCAACACGCCACUCGACACCUACUGCGGCCGCAGCUGCGGCAGCUACUGCUCGUGAGGGCCCACCCAGCCGCAGCAAUGCGGACAUGCAGCAGCAGCUGAUUCACGCCUGUGCCACACCGCAUUACCAGCAACAGCAGCAGCAGAAUAACCCUUCCCAAACCCACCCCUUAAGAUGGCUGGGGCCGCCUAUCCGGGUCUCUGGAGUGAAGCGGUAUGCCUCUGACCAAGCCUUCGGCGGGGGUCCAGGGCCUGCCGCGCAAGCCGUGGCCGUGGCCGCCAUUGAGCGCUCGGGAUCCGGCGCUGCUGCUGGCAGCUAUGCCGCCGCCGUCAACGCCGCCACGGCCGCCGCCGCCGACCGAACGGGCUCCUUGCCGCCGGCCGAGGACUUUGCGCGGCUGUCGGCGGAGGUGGCGGCACUGGAGAGCCGCAGCGGCAGCGGAAGCGGCAGCGGCAGCCUCGAGCGGGACCUGUCCCGGGCAGCGGGCACGGCCCACGGGUUGGCCAGCAUCUCAAGGGAGAUCGAGGAGCGGCGGCGGCAGCAGCAACCGCAACCGCAGCCGCAUCAGCGGCAACAACAGCCGCCGUCGUUGCCGUUGGGCCUGCGCUUCGUGCCGUUGCCGCCGCAGCGGCAGUGGUCGCCGUCGCUGCUGCCCGCUGCCGCGGGUGCGCCGCCGCCGCCGCCGCCGCCGCUGCAGGCAGCAGCCGGCCCGCGCUCACCCGCAGGCGCCUUCACAAGCGCACAACAGCCUGCCGCCGAGAGCGGCGGCGGCGGUGGUGGCGGCGUGGCCGACGCGGGCUGGGAGCUUGGAGCCGACGACACAGCGCCGUCUGCGAAGCGGCCGCGGGGCACCCCACCCUCCGACCUUGCUUCGCUACUGUACGCCGGCAGUGCGCAGCAGCAGCAACAACAAUCUCAACCAUCACGGCAUCAGCAGGGCCGCAGCGAUUAUCCAUUGGAAGGCGCCGUGCGCAGCAGCGCGCGCGGCUACGGCGGCAAUAAUGAGGAGCCGGCAGCGCCCGGCUCCCGCCGCUUCCAGCUCCUGACGAGCGGCGGCGGAAGCUGGACAGCAGCCGAGGCGGCGCGGCGGGCCGCCAGUGGAGCUGGUGGGCAGGUGGCGGCGGCGCAAAGGCGACAGCCGCCGCAGCAGCAACGCGAGGAGUUGCUGCACCCGCAGCUGAUGCCGGUGCGCCGUACUACUGCGCCGCCGCCGCCGCUUCCUAGCUCCGGCGGCGGGUACGCGGCCGCCAUGGGGUCAUCACGCGGCGGAGAUGCCUUUGAAGCCGGCGGUGGCCGCGCGGCUCGCGAUCGCAGCAGCAGCCGGCGGGACGCCGCCGCCGACGACGACGAUGGCGGCGGUUGUAACCCGAGUUUGGACGAGCAGGUUGAGCAGCUGGCAGCGCUGCUGGAGACGGACACGGCGGGCACCUUCAAGAGCCUGAGGAUGGUCCUGGCUCAGCUCAGGAAGCAGCAGCAGGAGCAGCAGGAGCAGCAGGAGCGAGAGGGCGCCCAGCAGCCGCAGAGGCUGGACCUGUCUCAGCCCCUGCCGCCGCCGCCGGCAAACCCGCACCACCUGCACCUGCAGCGGGAGGGCAGCGGCGUCAGCGCCGGCCUGCUGGGCAACUCCUCGCCACGGCACAGCGACAACUUUGGCAGCAGCCGGCAGCUGCAGCAGCAGCUGCAGCCGAAGCAGCCUGCUGCGACCCACAGCAGUGGCGUCUCGCUACGCAGCCACUCAGAUUCCGGCCUUCAGCAGCUGCUAGCGGCGGCCACUGCCACGGGCUCGCUGGACUCAUGGCAAGCCGAGCAAUUGCUCUCGGACUGCGGUGGCGGCGGCGGUCGCAGUGGAGGCGGCGGUGGGAGCAGCACAAGCGGUGGUCGUCUUGGCUGCAGCGGCAGCGGCGACCAGCCGUCGGCGGGCUACGCACAGGCCAACCUUUACCGCGCGCUGCUGGACAUGCAGCAGCAGCACCUGCAGCAUCAGCAUCAGCAGCACCAGCAACAGCAACAGCAGCAACAGCAACAGCAGCAACACCAGCAGCAGCAACAGCAGCACCAGAACCAGCAGCGGUAUCGGCAAGACGCGUCUCCGCGCGCCUACCAAGACGGCGGCGCCGCCGGGGCGGCUGGCUCCCGCCGCAUGCAUGAGGUGACGCGACAGCCGGCGUCAGCCGCGCAGGGCGGCGGCGCCGCCGGCGGCUCCGGCUGUGCCGGAGCCGCAGCCGGAGGCGCGCUGCCCCCGUCUCGCCUUGGCAGCAUGAACAGCGCUGGGAGCGCACUGGCGGCGGGGAGUGCCGGCGGUGCUGCUCGCUCGGGCUCUGUGGAGCCGGCCCCAAGCGGCGUGGAUCUGCAGGAGAACACCACAGAGCUGGUGAUCCGGACACUGCCUUGGAUCAGCCUACACAUCGCGCGGCGCUGGUUCCCGGGGCUGUGGGACUCCCCCAGCGCCGAGCCAUUCCCCGUGACGCUCGGCAUCGAGGUCGAUGGCAACCUUGAAGAGGAGAGGUACCCGGUGCACCUCAAGCCCUAUCCCGGCAACAAUAACGUCUUUUUGCCAGGUCUGCCUGUGAAGAAAGUCAAGGGCCGCAUUCGUACGGGGUGGCGACGUCUGGCAGACGGUACGUUGGUGCUGCAGGUGCGCACGCCAGAGGACCUGAUCAUGGACGCUGAUUGAGUGGAUGGCUUGAUGGGGUCUGCCUUCCCAAGCGUUACAUGCCUGGUGUUGGCAUCAAGUACGCGUGUGUGGGGGUAUUAAAAAACAGCAAAAGCAUAACGAAGCGUACGUGUGUGUGUUUCGUAUCACGGGCGCAAGGGCGCGCAUGAUUGAGAUUGAGGAAGUUCAGGUGCGCGGCCGCUGCGUGGGGACUCGGUAGGAGUGAGCUGAGUUGGACGAAAGUAAACGCGCUUGCUACAUACCCUUCUCUCGUGGUGGGCGCAGCGCAGAAGGGGCAGGGGCCGCUUCCGUUAUGACUUAUAUGGACUUGAUAUGUACAAGAUAUUAGUGCGUGCCAUCGUAUGGAUGUCAUGGGUUAUAGGCCGGUAUUGCGUUCAAUGCCGUUGUACAGUCGUGACACAUUUGUUGAGACGCGUAAGCGUUCUUAUUUGCCAGGUGUGUCUAGCGGUCAGGAUCCCAAAGUUUUCCAUGAUGUUGCUGGGAGCGGUGAUGGAGCUGUGCCACACGCACAUGGGCUGUAGCGUUUGGUCAACACGAGCUGUUGGCUACCGCAUUUGGACACCCAUGCGUGCGUAUGCAUCCACGGCUGCGGUAGUAGGCCAAGUAAGUGCGUGGGGAUGUGCAGUCCAUCGUUCCUUGGAACGCGUUUAUUGUUGCACGGAGUGCUGCGGACACAAGCUUGAUCACCCAUUGAGUCAUCUACUUAUUUCCGUUCCUGGCCGACGGAAACUGGAGGUUACUCGAUUGCUUGGAUAUACCGGUGUUUGAAGCAACUGAAUACGGUGUUGGAUUGGCCUUAUGGGGCUCUGCGCAUUCCCUGUCACGCACUGGGCAGGCGCACAUCCAGCGUUUACACCUUGGGGUGGACAUGGAUGUGGCCAGGCCAUGCAUGUGCAAGAAGUGUAGCUCCCACAACCUGCGCAAGUAAUAUAUACUUGGGUGUGAUAAGGAAUUGUGAUACGUACGGACGUAGGGAAGGUGUUUAGUGUGCCGUUGUGGUGAAGCCCACGCACGGCGGCUUUGAUGGCAGAUGUUUAGGAAGGUAGGGGUUCGUUGCUGCUGGCAGAUGUACGACACGGUACGACACGGUAGGCUGAUGGCGGAGCUGGUGAACCACGCGGUAUUAUUACGCACACCGUGUGGGCGGAACACGCCCUGGGGCAUCUACAUGUGUCUUAUGCCGACUAUCCUACUACACACCGGUUGCGUCUUGUAAUGUAAAAAUAAGAUAUUGAUCAGCUCCGCUACGGUCUUGGGAGACGCGCACGUGCCCCACCAGCAGCAUAUACCGUAUGUGUAAGACGGCGAGGCUCACGUUGAGCCUCGGAUGCCGUCGCCUCGCAUGCUCCCGGUCGGCUGGUCAGUGACAGUCCGCUGGCGCAGGUGGGCGCGUUGCUGUAACAGUGUAACAACUUGCCAUCACCGGAGCCUCCGCUUCUGGUGGGCGGUCUAAAGGAGCGUUUACUAAGCAAAUGCAUAUCCUAAUAAAAUUGUGUUUUGCUUGGCUGCACUAUUCAAGCGCACUGUGGCCUGAUGGGUGGUUUACUGGUCGCACGCGCGCAGUCCGCCCCAGGCCUCACACCAUUGGGCCGUGGCGUGUCAAGCUCUUUGAGCGAGGCCCUCUCGCUUGCGUAUCAUCUCGACGCAGAGUAGAUGGGUAUGCGUGAUGGAUGUGCGGACAGCAUGCGUACCUUAUGCGGGAAUGCGCCGGUCCAGCCUGCUGAUGAUUGGAAAUAAAUUUGGAAGUGGCCCUGUUUCCGCCGGGUAUGCGGCAGCAGAUGGCGCUCAUUCCACAGUUGAUCCAUCGGUACCUCGUGAGGUUACCUCAAGAAAUUGUUAUCCACUU